UAGACGUACUUCACUGCUCUGAUGGGGCACUAGAAGCAAAAGUUUUUUCACACAUAAAUGGUUACAGCAGCAGUUCGUAGAAAGGCAAAAUAAGCUAAUAAUUGUAUCCACGUUUGUAGUUCUGGGUUUGUACGGAAAAUCGAUAGCUUCGAGCCGUGGUUGGUUGGCCAGUCUAGCCAGGAUUUCGAAAUGGAUUCGCUCGGAUCGGAAAUCGGUCAAAAGAUGAGGAGCGCCGUGAAGGCGAAGCUGAUUGAACUGGGAACUGGUUCAGCUAGUGGAUAUAUUGACGACGAGUUGCCGGAUUACGUGAUGAUUAUGGUUGCAAAUAAACGCUCGCGGCAGCAAAUGAUCGACGAUCUGACGCUAUUCUUGGGUAGCCAAACAGAGGUGUUUGUGAGUUGGCUGCAUCAAGUAUUGCAAAAGUUGGAGGAGGUGACACUCCCGGCCACAGCAGUUGCCCCUACAACGGCCGGUAAGAUAUCCAAAGAGUCCAGUGGGAAGCGCAAAGGCGGUGAACAGAAGGAGCGGAAGGACAAGAAGAAAGAUAAGAAGACGAAGAAAAAAGAGAAAAGUCCGGACCCGAAGGAAACAGCUAUCGAGGAACAACACACUCCUCCGCAUCCUUCACAGUUGGGUGUUGGCUCUAUCCAGGAUGUUUUUGCGAAUCAGUUUAUCCAGCAGGCGAAAAGAACACUCGAUAUCGAAGUGAGUGUUCCAAAGAAAGACACACGGGAUAGAACACCGCCUCUGCAGGAUAAUUCUCACCCACGGAUGGGUAAUGAUUUCGAUAUUCCGACUAUCUCGGAAAUAGCAGGUCACAGUGCUUUACAAAAACACCAGAAGGAAUUGUCAGAGCUGGAGGAAAUCCAGCAAAGAAUCAAACAAGCAAAAAAGCAGCUAAGGUCAAUGCGUUCAGAUGAGUCUGAAGAUGAAGAUUUUUUGAACAUAAAGGCAAACGACGAUGAUCUUGAGAAUAUUGAAGAUGGUGUUGUGGGUGAAUCUCGGAGGAAAGAUAAACGUAAAGCAUCUAUAGCGUCGGAAAAAGAUCGCGAACCGGUGGUAGAAGAACGAAGUAAUACUCCCCCGCCUCCGGUCGUUCCGACUCAGAAGAAGAGAUCCAUCAUGGAGCGUUUGGGAACGCGCCCAGAGCCGAAACCGGCAACAGAUGUCGAGCCAGCGGCGACGGAAAGUUCAGCAAACAAAUCGAAUAUUAUUAGUCUGUCAGCGCACCGUAGAGAAGAGCGGGAGUUGUAUGUACCAGUUUUCCGCAGGAAAGAAAUGGAAGAGCAAGCUAAAGCAAGGGAAGCGAGAUCACGAACCAACAGAAGUCGAAGUCGUGGACGGGAGCGAAGGCGUUCGCCAUCAUUACGAUCUCUGCGGAGAGAGAGUAGUCGAGAUCGAUCCCGUAGCAGGCGAGACCGGGAGAGGGAUCGUGACAGGACGAGAAGUCCCGAGCGGGGACGCAAACGAGAUCGCGAUCGAUCGUCGGGGAAUGUCAGCAAUGGUACUGAAGUGCGCACCAGAAUAGGUUCCAGGGUUAUAGUGCUUCCUCCCAAACCGGAAUAUAACGAGGAGGACGAACUGGAGCUCCCUGUCGCAAGUGUUGUGAAGGUUCAACCGCGUCCUCAGAUUCCCAAAAAUAAGCAACCCAGUAAAAAUCUGCUGCUCAAAGCGAUGGCAGAAGCACAGCGCUCAACAGCAGCAAAUUUGAAAAAAACGAUUAGCAAUCGUGAAGAAAGUGCGCCGCGGCAUCGGCGGAUGUUAAUUGAAAUCCCAGGAACAAAGUCCGAAGGAGUUCCCCCAGUGGACGUUUGCUACGAAUUUGACGAGGAUGAUGAUGAUGAGGAUAUCGUCAAUCAUGUUUUACGGGAAGAAGACGAUGACGAUGAGCUGCAACAAAUUCUGGAGGAAAACGAUGAGUACAUCCCGGAACCGGUUGCUGUAUCGAUUUCCGGACGAUCAGAUACAGACAGCGACACUGGCUACGUGUAUGUUCCUUCCACAAAACAUGCCGAUCAGCAGUCUAUCGUUGUCGCUGCUGCUACUGCUGCUGAUGAUGAAGCGACCGACGAGUGUGAUCCGAAGAAUGAUGCCGAAGAGAACCCCAAGUUUGUUGUUACGCUGGAUGGCGCAUAUAAGAAGACCACUUCUCGUUCUUCCCCCAGUCACACACCGCCACCUCCCUCCAAAUCUAAACCGUCGAUUAAGGAUAGAAUCGGAGUUAAGGUUGCUUCGAGUGACAACAGCACUACGCCUCUGAAGAACCGAACCGACGACGAAGACCGUUUCCACCAGGAAACACUCAAGAGACGGAAAGAACGGUUUAGCGUGAAGGCAGCUGUCCCCGUCGUUAAGGACAUCAAACGGGAAGCCUCCAGAUCGCCAGAUAGGCGGCCCAAAUCUACCAAGAAAUCCCCCAGUCCUCGUAAGCGCGAUAAGCGAUCAUCCAACUCGGCCAGAAAGUCAUCCCCGAGUGAUUUGAAUGAGUUGCUUCUGCAACGAACAAAAGAACUGCUGGUUGAUGAUAGCGUGUCCUCCUCGCCGAUUUAUAUGUCGAAAACGGACUAUGAGAAGAUCGAUUUGAAUUCAUCAUCUCGUAAGCGGAAGCGCGUUUCACCCAUUCAGUUCGCGCUGACUGAUGACGAGGCGGACGACACCGAUGGGGAGUACAACCACCAUCGGGAUCGAGAGCGAGACCGGCGGGAGAGAAAAUCGGUCGAACGGACGGACAGUAUCGACGAGGAGAGUGUUGAUGGCCGGAAGGAUCAGCGACGUGAGCGGGAGAAUGAACGCAGACCGACGACGGACGAUCGAAGGAAGAAUAGUAAUGGUUCUGGUGGAUCUGUCAGUGGGGAGGUCAAAUCUCCGACGAAAAAAAUUAAGAAGCUCGAGUCGAGCAGAAAAUUCGAUGAUGUGCCACAAUUGCUUAGUUCUGUUUCGGUAUCCUCUGAUGGGCUAUCCAAGAGUAAGGCCAUCAUCAAAGAACGGUGCAAGUAUUUCCCAGGGUGCCGCCAGGGCGAUUCCUGUGAGUUCCUGCAUCCCAGCACCCCGUGCAAAGCGUUCCCGGCGUGCAAAUUCGGUGACAAAUGUCUGUACCUCCAUCCGACGUGCAAAUUCGAUAAGAUCUGCAACCGAUUGGACUGUAAUUAUAUGCAUAGCAAGCCCUCAUCUAGCCAUGGCAUUAGUUCCGCCGGACCCUCGGCACCUCCGUUGGCUUCUUCCGUGGUGCCGGUGCAAAACUACAAAACAAUUACCGCGAAACCACUGCCGGCGCUGUGCAAAUUCUAUCCGGGCUGCACGAACGGUAUGUGCCCUUAUUACCACCCCAAAAUGUGUCGCUUCGGGAAGCACUGCAUGAACAAAGUGGAGUGUAACUUCUACCACCAUGAUCUGCCGGGAUCAGACUACCACGAGGUGCCAUCGAAGGACAAGUUCAAAUGGAUCUCCCCAUUUUCGGCUUAGUUGAGUGUUUGCGGAUUGCUGCUUAUCAACCUCUUCUAAUGUUAUGAUUUUUAAACUAGAAUUAUCUUCUCUCGCGUGCAGGUACUAACAGUUUCCUUGAAGUAUCGUUUACUUCCUAUUCUCUCUCGAGUGUCAAUACGACGACGAAUUUAUUGUUUCUGUAGUUCUAAUAUAUUUAUGCUAAUUUAUAUUCGUUUCUCUCGCUGUAAAAACGAACAGCAUUUGAAAUACAGUAGCGUAUAAGGAAUAUCAGCAGUCAGUAAUCCCAUUUGCAAAGUGUAAUUUUUAAGUUCCAGUUACAAUUACAAUUUCUAUUUAAAAAGCGAGCGGAAAUAUUCCGAUUGUAAAUAAAGCAGUGCACACCCAAAAGUCAUAAAUUUCACUAGUAAAGCAUACCGCAAAAUAGUUUGUUUGCUGGGAGAUUAAUUGUAGCGACCAACUGAGUGUUUUCCAAAAUCGUGUUUGAGGGGUGAAAUACAAAAGUUGUUACACUACGUUGGCAGUUAGAACUUUUAAAUUCAUAACAUUGAGAUAUCAUGCAUUGAUAUCAUAUUUAGAUUUAGUGGAAGGGAGAGAGCAACAGGGUGCGAUACACACUGAAUGGAGAAUUACAAUAAUAUAAUCGAUUUAGAUACUAGUUCAGAUAAGCUUAGUUACAGAAAUCCGAUAUCUCCAUUUAAAAAAAACAAUAUGCUGUUGAAACAUGAAGGUAA